GUUUGGAGAGCGUGUUGAGUUUAAUCAAUUCAUAACGUCGAGAUGGAGCCGAACUCACUGAAGUGGGUGGGCUCGUCUUGCGGUUUACAUGGACCAUAUAUUUUCUAUAAAGCCUUUAAAUUUAGCCGGGACGGCACCGCGAGGAUUCUGUCACUCGGAGACUUUUUCUUCGUCAGAUGUAAACCCGAGGAUCCUAUUUGCAUAGCGGAGCUUCAGCUGCUCUGGGAGGAAAGAACAAGCAAGCAACUUUUAUCCAGCUCCAAACUUUAUUUUCUACCCGAGGAUACUCCUCAGGGACGCACAGUCACUCAUGGAGAGCAUGAGGUAAUUGCAGUGUCUGAGAAGGUGAUUGUGCGACUCGAGGACCUGGUGAAGUGGACGGUUCCAGACUUCUCACGAUGGGCCCGUGGCCUGAAGGCCGAUCCUCUCAAACCCUCUGUGCUCCGGGAGCUGGGGACCAACGGGAGGCGGGAGGCCCUUCACCGCUACCGAGAGAGCACCCUGACCAGCGGACUCAACUUCAAGGAUGUCCAGAGGGAGAGGGCACAGCUAGGCCAGGACGAGGACGGGCAGAAGGUAUUGGUCCUCAGUUACCCCCAGUAUUGCCGCUACCGCUCCGUCUUGGCGAGGCUCCGGGAGCAGCCAUCUUCUCUCUUCAUAGACCACACGGUGUUGGCGCUGGGCGGCAUCGCCGCGCUGGGCGGGAGCACGAGGAUCCUGUACUGCCGCGACACCUUCGAACACCCCGCCUUGCUGCAGAACGAGAGCAUCUGCGAUGAGUUUGCUCCCAACCUCAAGGGGCGACCUCGGAAGAAGAAGCUGUCCAUUUCUCAGAGGAGGGACUCCCAGAGUCAGGCUCAGGGUCAAGGGUCAUCAUCAGGGUCAACGGCAAUUGCAUCACAAGACCCAUGCAGCCCAGAGAGUAAACAUACUAACAAGGUCAGACACAACUGUAAAACGGUACCCAACGGGAAAAUAUCCCCAUCAGCCAGACACAAGGCCAAUGGCCUCAGCAGGAAAUCCUCCACUGAGGAGAGGGAGAGAGGGAAGGAGAAGGAGAAGGAAAGGGAGGAGAGGAUCGAGAAGGAGGAGAAGAAAGAGGAGGACUCAUCAGAGGAGAGUCGAGCAGAGGAGCAGGCUUUCUUAGUAGAACUCUACAAGUACAUGAAAGACAGAGACACACCCAUUGAGAGGAUUCCCUUCCUCGGCUUCAAACAGAUCAACCUUUGGACCAUGUUUCAAGCUGCUCAGAAACUUGGAGGAUAUGAGUUGAUCACAGUGCGCAGACAGUGGAAGCAUGUAUAUGACGAAUUGGGUGGAAACCCCAGCAGCACAAGUGCGGCCACGUGUACACGGAGACACUACGAGAGACUCCUCCUUCCUUACGAGAGGCAAAUCAAAGGUGAGCAGGACAAGCCCCUCCCCUCGACCAAACCCAGGAAGCCGGAAGGCAGCCAAGAGAAGGCCCCAGGAGUCAAAGCCAAAGCAGUGGGGGCCAAGAAAUUGAAACCCCUCAGCAACCCCAAGCUGGGAAGUAAAAAGGACAGAGAGGAGACAGUGAAGGGCCAAGAACAAUCACAGGAUUUCAAAGGGAAUGAGGAGAAUCAUGAACUGUCCAGGGUCGUAAAACAGGAGGUCUCUCUGAGAGAGGAGCCCAUUGUAAUAGAAGAGGAAGAGUUACAACUUACCCUGAAGAAAGAGGAGUCCCUAGCAGUGGAGCAGCCAUCUUCACUGUGCCCCAAAGAAUCAGAUUGCAGAGCCCCACAUGUUGGCCUACCCCUCAACACGGGGCCUGGCUCCCAUCCAGAGUGGAGACAAAUCAGCGACGUCCUCCAAGCAAAACUGACAUGUGAACAGCAAACUGAAGGGCAUUUCAUUCCUAAAAACCCAUAUCUGCCUCAUCGUUGGGAUCAGAACAAAUCUGCUGGACUUGUUGCUCUGCCCGAGUCCUCCUCCAGGGUCAAAGACUCCAUUGAAAGUCAUGGUGGGAGAGUAGGGAAGGUUUUACCGAUGUGCAAGCAGGCAGACAGACAGUGUAUAGAUUUGAGCACAGAUUCCUUCUCAGAGAAAGAAGACUAUGGGGUUAUUAAGAAGGAAACUUCUCAAGGCCUUGCACAGACAGCUGCCUACUGCAAAGCCAGUCAGGGGGUCAUGUCACCUUUGGCCAAAAAGAAACUCCUCUCUCAAGUGUGUGAGUCCAACCCUUUCUCUUUUACUUCUUCUCUUCAACCUCCACCUCCCACCGCCACUUCCUCUCUACCUGUCAUAUCAGUGGCAGAAAGGGAAAUAGAGAAGAGAAAGGGUGAAGAAGAAGUGGUACUAAGGCACAGAUGUGUGUCUGACAGCAUCCCGGAGGUAGCGCCCAUAUUCAGGCCAUCAGUCAUUCAGCAUGCCCAGAGCACCAAGCCUCAACAUCAAGCCAUGGGUGGCCCAACAGAGAGGAGCUCUGCCGAGGAGCUGUCGGAGUCCUACAGCUCCCGAACGAGCCAUCAUCUUCAGCCUCAAGUUACUCCAACGUGGCAGCCCUAUCUCACCCGAACACAUGCCCAGGACAGUGUGGAGAACUCUGGUGAGAAGUUACUCCAAGGCCCUGCUGCUCAGCCUCGUAGCUUCCCAGGUGACUGCUACUCCUCCCCUCACCUCCACAGUCUGUACAGGCAAACAGAGAACUGCCUGAGCCAAGAGAGGAUGGUCAGCUUUGCCAACGGAGAGCGGAGAGAGCACUACCCCAGGGACCGUGAAGGCAGCCAGGCCUUCGUCUGUGGUGCCCUGGAGCAAGAAGGCCUGGCCUACCGGUCUCACUUCAGUGACAGGACUCAAACUCACGGAGAGAGCAGAGAGGCAGACGACGAACCAAGGGAUUUCACAAUUUCUAAACCUCUCUCUCAGAGAGUGUCCUCCUUCUCCAAGCCCUCCUUCUGCAGUCUCCCGUAUCCCAUCAUGCACCAGGGUUUGGAUUCCCACCCUAAGGCAUGCAGGGUUCCUCCUAUGACCAUCUCUCCGCCCAAACAGAGCCCAGCAGAGUCAUCGCAGCCAUUUCCCAGCCCCAAAGCGUCGAGUGACUCGUCGCUCACCAUUCCUGUCCGACCCAGCAAGCGGAGCCUAGUGGAGCUUGAAAACGAAGAAGUACCAGAAAGGAAAGUGCGUGUAGUGACACCAAUCCACCCUGCUGGCUCAAUACGACGCAGUGACCCGGAAGAGCUAAAACCAGCCGAACCAGCCCAUGCCGUUCACCUCAACAAUCAUCUCCCUGAGGGUCACCCAACGACCACCUUCCCCCCGCCCCAUGCUGCACACCUCUACUCUGGCUUGUACCCACAUGGCAGCCUGGUCUCCCACCAGGACGGCCUCCAGCACCCAGGUCUGCAGUACCUGAAGAGCCAGUCAGCCGUUUCUCCCCUCGUGCCCCCAUUAGCCUUCCAUCCCAUAAUGCUUCACAGGCAACUGUUGGCCUCCAGCCACAGCCCGCACCAUUUCUACAGGCAUCCAGGUGGGGCAGCACUGUAUGGGGACCUGUUGCAUCACCUGUACCCUCUUUCAACCCUCCCACCUCAGCUGUCCUCGGUACACCCCAGCACCAGACUGUGAGGCAGCAGGCACUUUGUUUCUCCCCGUCUUUCCUCAACCACACAAACUUUUUUCAGCUUGUCUUUGUUGUUUUGCCCCCGUGGCUCGGGGGUUUGUGGCUCAGUCAAAGGAAAACACUGAUAAUAAACUUGGCUGAGAGCAGACAAAUAAACUGAUCAGUCUGGUGGACUGAAUAUUCCAUUUCCCUUUUUUUUUAUUUUUUUUUGUUUUUCCAAAUUGUAUAUGCAUUUGUUUAUAUACUUUGCACUGUUCGUUGUUUUUUUUAUCACCACUUACUGUAUCUCUUUUGUUUGUAUCCUUAUUUGCACAAUGCUUGUGUAUGUGCACACAAAACAGUUUGUCAAAGUCAGCAUGAGUCAGGUUGUUGCUCUGGAUGUGUGAAAAGUGGAGGGCAACAGAGAAAAGCCAUUUGUUUACUGCGUCUGAGGGCUAAACUUUGUUGCUUAAAAACACUAAAAGUAACAUGACGACGUAAAUGAAAUCUUUAUAUAACUAGUGGUGCGUUCACCAUUGCAAACUAUGUGCAACAGCGCUUUAGCGCAUUCUUACACUUGUGGUGUUGUAUCUGUUUACAUGUCUCCACGCUGAAAGCUGUUGCCGCUUUGUGCCACAGUCAAAUCCCCCUCGACUCCAUGGAAUGGACAUUAAAACUCACUGCAGUGCUGCGUAACAUCAAAUAGAUUCGUCUUAACAUUCUCCGGUGCUGUGUAUGACAGAUGUACUGUAUACUCUUCUUUUACUCAGUUCAGGUUUCUAUUCGUUUAUUCUGUUCAGAUUAAUACCCGGUGCGAGCAGUUGGAUGACAAAUUAUGAAUGUUUUUUUUUUUUUUUUUCAUUUAAUGAAUUAAAAAAAAGUUUUUAACAUUUACUUUCUUAAUUGAAAGUAACUUGACCCCAAAAUUCCUUGUGAUGAGUAGAGUGUAGCAGAUUGUUUCUGUGUGUAGGACCAGAAUAAUGAUGCAGC